GAAGCUCUUGAGUGCUAUGAGCUAAUUAGAUUAAUCCUUAACAUGAUAGUGCUUGGAUUAAUAAGGGUAGAACAAUAUAUAAUAUAUUUAUUUAGGAUUUGCAUUAAAAAAAUUAAAUAGAUACCAAGAAGCUGUUGACUAUUAUGACAAAGCAAUUUAAAUAAAUUCUAAAAAUGAUAUGGCUUGGAAUAACAAAGGUACUAAAAUACUAAAAUUAUUAUUUAGGUUAUCGACAGUUUAGACUAAUCAAUUUAAAUUAAUUCUAAAAAUGCUUAUGCAUUUGAAAAUAAAGGUAAAAAUAAACAAAAAAUUAAAGGUUUUGCAUUAAUUAUUUAAAUAGUCAAUAUGUUAUUACACCAAUUAAAAGAAUCGAUAAAGAUCUUUCUCUUCAUGUUAAACCUGUGACUUUGAAACUAAAAGGUAAAAAUAUAGUAUGAAAUCAGCUGAUGCAUUAUUUGAAUUAGGAAGGAGAUCUGAAGCAAAAUAAUUGUAUUUAAC